AUGUCAGAAGACAAGAUCACGGGAACCUUGGCUUUCACUGUCUUCACGGCUGUUCUCGGAUCCUUCCAGUUUGGCUAUGACAUUGGGGUGAUCAACGCACCUCAGGACGUAAUAAUGUCCCAUUACCAACAUGUUUUGGGUAUUGCGGUGGAUGACCGAAGAGCUACCAGUAACUAUGCUGUCAACAGCACAGACUCCCCACUCAUAGCCACGCCCGCAUAUGCGACCACACCCCCCUGGGCUGAAGAGGAGGCUGCAGGAUCUGUUCACCUCAUCACUAUGCUCUGGUCUCUCUCCGUGUCCAGCUUCGCAGUGGGUGGAAUGGUUGCCUCAUUCUUUGGUGGAUGGCUAGGGGACAGGCUUGGAAGGAUCAAAGCCAUGUUGGCAGCCAACAGUCUCUCUUUGACUGGAGCUCUCUUGAUGGGGUGUUCCAAAUUCGGACCAUCACAUAUCCUCAUCAUUGCUGGAAGAAGUGUAUCAGGACUGUACUGUGGGCUAAUUUCAGGACUGGUUCCAAUGUACAUUGGUGAAAUCGCUCCAACCACGCUCCGAGGUGCCCUGGGCACUCUUCACCAACUGGCCCUGGUCACAGGCAUUCUCAUUAGUCAGAUAGCCGGCCUCAGCUUUAUUCUGGGCAACCAGGAUCAUUGGCACAUCCUACUUGGACUAUCUGCCGUACCAGCUCUCUUACAGUGUCUACUACUCCUCUUCUGUCCAGAAAGCCCGCGGUACCUUUAUAUAAAGCUGGAAGAGGAAAUCAAAGCGAAGAAAAAUGAAGUCGAUGAUUGCUCAGAAGAACACACAGAUAUGGCUGCUGUGUUGUAUUACUUAGACAUAUUUUACUACUCAACCAGCAUUUUCCAGACAGCUGGGGUCAGCCAGCCUGUGUAUGCCACCAUAGGCGUGGGUGCCAUCAACAUGAUCUUCACUGCUAUCUCUGUACUGCUGGUGGAGAAGGCCGGGCGGAGGUCCCUGUUUCUAGCUGGAAUGGUUGGGAUGUUUUUCUGCGCCAUCUUCAUGUCUGUGGGCCUUGUGCAGCUGGAUAAAUUCUCCUGGAUGAGUUACGUGAGCAUGGCAGCCAUUUUCCUCUUCGUCGGUUUCUUUGAGAUUGGACCAGGUCCGAUCCCUUGGUUCAUGGUUGCUGAAUUUUUCAGCCAAGGACCCCGCCCCACUGCUCUGGCCCUGGCCGCCUUCAGCAACUGGUUUUGCAAUUUCAUUAUCGCUCUCUGCUUCCAGUACAUCGCGGAUUUCUGCGGGCCUUACGUGUUCUUCCUCUUCGCUGGGGUCGUCCUGGCCUUCACCCUGUUUACAUUUUUUAAAGUUCCAGAGACCAAAGGAAAGUCUUUUGAGGAAAUCGCUGCAGAAUUCCGGAAGAAAAGUGGUUCGGCCCCACCACCCAAAGCUGCUGUACAAAUGCAAUUCCUGGGGGCUUCAGAGACUGCCUGA